UGUCGAAAAAGUGAUACACGAGCGUACACAUCCAACAUCAUACUGAGAGGGAUUUUUCGCCUCUUCUGAGGUUUUAACAACGUUAAGGCUGAAACGAAGGAGUUAAAAACGAAACAGUUUCAUCCCACCGUGACUUUGGGUUUUAUAACAUGUCAUUUUCGAGAACUGGGCGUUCACAACUACAGACGAAAGGUAAAAAGCCUGUUCGCCUCAAGAAGACAGCAGUAACAAGAAGAGAGUGGGUGAGCACUGUCAGUGAUCUGUCUGUGCACAAGCUGACUCCUGAAGAGCUGAAUCAUCGACAUGAGAUUCACAAAUCCCACAACAAGGCUGUGGCUCAGUGGGAGCUGAGAGAAAAAGAAAUAAAACGACGACUCAGACAUGGUGGAAGUCCUGCACCCAUGGACCAGGCCAGUCUUAGCAUCAUCAGGGAGGUUUUCUCUGACCAGAUGCUGCUGCAGGAUGUUCUGGCUCGCUCUGACAAAGCUUUGGCUGUGGUAAAAGACCUGUUUGCAGAUGCUCCACGCAGGCAGACUGGACAUCCCAAUGUAACCGUGGCCCCAAACUGUGAUUCUGACUCAGCACUGCCUGUGCCCCAGAGACCAGAUCCUCUGACUCAGCUCUCAGUCCUCAGAAAGAAUAUGAUGGAGCAGCAGGUUCUUAACAAACAAGAGGACACCUCUCUUACAGGCAGUCCAGACUAUCAAGUCAUCCAAAGGACCAACUUUCAAAAAAUGAAGACAAAGAUGCAAAGUAAAGUGAUACAGAAGCAGACACCUUUUGCCAGUUCUGAACAGGGAGAUAAUGUUGCUGUAACACCGUGCACAUUGUUCAGACAACCCCAUCAAACAGCUCUCAAUGCCAGCACCACUGUUAAGCGUGUACGGUCCAGACAGAGCCCAUCAGAGGAUUGGAUGCAGUCUCCAGCUGUCCUGGUAUCGCAAGUCCUGAACCCUGAGCUGCGUCUAAACCAGUCUGACAGGAUCGAUAGUUGCUCCAGCAGGAGGAAGAACUGGCUUCCUGAGAGUUCUGAGCUAGAUGGUUCUUCUGUCGGCUCUCUCAAUGUGAACCAGUCCAGUCUGGGUCUAUUACAGACCAUGUUAGACCAGGUGCAGGCUGACUUGGAUUCAUUGACACCUGACACAAUACCAGUGUCCAUAAAGAGUCCAAGACAGCACAGUACCAAAGGUCUAACUGGAUUCUCUGUGGCCUUGGUCUCUACUCUUGGACGCUUUGUGAAUCUCCUCAAACAGAGGGAAGAGGAAGCACAGAGAGAUGCUCAGGAGAAGAGAAAAUUGCAGGAGGAGCUGAGUGAGCAACGAGGGCUGAUUGAUGCUCUUACAGCGGAGAUCAUGACUCUGAGACAAGACAUUGCCAUCUUGCAGGCAGGAUUGCAGCAGCAGGCAGAACUGAAGCAAAAGUUGGACACAGUGGUGUUGGCGAUGAAUGGACUGGAUCUACAAGGAAAAUCUGUUAGCCCAUCUCAGGAGUCUGCCAUCGAAGCUGCAGUCAGACAACCCAUGUCAUUGCACCAUGAGCUCCUGUCUGGAAAGGUGUUGGGUUCUUGUGACGAUACCCAGACCCACAGUUCGGCUUCUAGCCUCCUCAGCUUGCCUUGCACUUCGUCAUUAUCAUUGACCUCUGAUCCUGUCAAGUCACAAUUCUGUCAUGAGUCCUUGAUAGCUGAAGUUGCUAAUUUGAGCAGACAAAACGAACUGCUCAGGGUACAACUUUGCCAACAGGCAACAGACUUUGGCUUACGGGUCAGGGGAUCUUCAGCCAGUAGUGUGGAUCAGAGAAGGUUGAACUCCAGUAGCACAGAAAGAAUAAUACCCCAAAGUGAUGGAGAGAGGGUGGUGUCAGUAGUGUCCAGUAACAUGGAGAGAAUAAUACCUCAAAGUGUUGAAGAGAGGUUGACAUCCAGUAACAUGGAGAGAAUAAUACCUCAAAGUGUUGGAGAGAGGUCGACAUCCAGUAACAUGGAGAGAAUAAUACCUCAAAGUGUUGGAGAGAGGUCGACAUCCAGUAACAUGGAGAGAAUAAUACCUCAAAGUGUUGGAGAGAGGUCGACAUCCAGUAACAUGGAGAGAAUAAUACCUCAAAGUGUUGGAGAGAGGUCGACAUCCAGUAACAUGGAGAGAAUAAUACCUCAAAGUGUUGGAGAGAGGUCGACACCCAGCAGCAUGGAGAGAAUAACACUUCAAAAUGUUGGAGGGAGGAUGACGUCGACGUCCAGUAACAUGGAGGGAAUAAUACCACAAAGUGUUGGAGAGAGGACGAUGUCGGCAUCCAAUAGCACAGGUGGAAGCACCCAUCUUACUCAAUCUUCUGAAGGAGCCAUAGUGUCAGCACCUCAGGUGGCUUUGCCCAAUGCCCUCAGUGUGGAACAGCGCCUGCUUGAGUUGAACAGGCAGAGUGCAGCUGCCAGGAGUCGCCUGCUGGAGCUUAUUGAGCAACAAAAGCAGAGCAUUUCAACUGGAGUCUCCCCCAUCCCUCCCUCUGCUGUUAGACCAUAUACAGCCGCUGGAAAAAGAAGUCCAGGGGUGUCUGUGCUGCUGCCUUUACAGGAGCCACUGCCACACACCGGUGGUGGGGACAGAAUAUGUGCUGCUGGUGAAAGUUUUUCUCAAAGUCUUGGAGGUGAAAUCAAGAAUGUUAAAUCACAGAUAGACAAACAUAAAGAGCAAAAAGGCUGGUUUUCCUUGUCUGCUCACAUGAUACGACAAGAAGACCAUAACAUUCCAACCUGGGAAUUUAAUUCUUGACUCAUGACUCAUCUUCAACUUCACUUAUCCGGGAUCGGGUUGUGGGGGCAGCAGCUCCAGCAGAAGACCCCGGACUUCCCUUUCCCAGGCCAGUAAUUAAAAGAUUUUUAUCUCCCAGCUUUCUUGAAUUGCGUAUACACAAAUUCAUGCAAAAUUGCAAUAAUUAAAUGUGUAUCUCAUAUAAAGGUUUGUGUCCACAUUAGCAAGAUAGCAUUUU